AUGACCGACACAGAGCGAGAUAGCAACCCCAGUGGACUCGCUCCCGCCCCUGUGACCACCGAGGCGCCGAAACCGCUGCCGAAGGGAGUUGUUUUGGGCAAAGAUGGCAAGCCCUGUCGAUCUUGCUCAUCCAAAAGCGCAUUCUCAAGCUGGGCCGCCCAAGCUAAUGCCUCCUUGAGGAAGGAUGCCCCAAAGAUUUCAACGCCCGUCAAUGAUUGCCCUCCGGAUGUGGAAGCCCUCGGUCGCGGGACUUGGGCGUUGCUUCAUUCCAUAGCGGCGACAUACCCUGAGAAGCCCUCGUCAAUGCAGAAGGAGGACUUGCGUGGCUUCAUGCGGCUGUUUUCCAAGUUGUACCCAUGCUGGGUGUGUGCUGAAGAUUUCCAGUCAUAUAUGCAAAAGGAACAGGUGCGCGUUGAGGGCCGUGAUGAAUUUGGCAACUGGCUGUGUGAGGCACACAACGAGGUGAAUCGCAAGCUGGGAAAGAAAGAAUUCGACUGCAGCAAGUGGGAAGAACGUUGGCGCACGGGCUGGAAAGACGGGCGUUGUGACUAA